UGCAAAGUUUAACAGAUCUCUUAAGUCUUUUCAACACGAUAAUCUUCCCCACUGCAUACACAACUAUGGCAAUAGAUUCUUUAAGAUUGCCUUUCUUCUUUUCUUGCUUCGUCUUACUCUUCAUAGUCGUCUCCGCUGCUCAGCCGGGAAACGUCGAAGCCCCCUAUUAUCACUGCUCCGAUAUCGGUAACUACACUAUCAACAGUACCUACCAAACAAACCUCAAAACCCUUUUCUCCAUGCUCCCCUCUCAGCCCAACGAUGAUAAUUUCAGGUUUUUCAAUCUCUCUUUUGGCCAAGUACCAGAUAAAGUUAAUGUGAUUGCGCUUUGUAGAGGAGAUAUUGCUGCAGAUGACUGUCGAAGUUGUGUCCGUGCCUCUGCACACAACGUUUCUGAGAUUUGUCCACAGAAGAAGGCGGCAUUUGCAUAUGUCGAUGAUUGUCAGUUACGAUAUUCUAACAAAACUAUAUUCGGUGUAGUUGAAAAUGAACCUACUUCGUAUUAUACAAACCCACAAUCUUUGUCAUCAUCAGAUGAAACUCAGUUCAAUUCUGCAGUGGAAAGAUUACUCAAACGACUGAGGAUAAGAGCUGCCUCUGCCGACAGUAAAUUUGCAACAGGAAACGCAACUGUGAACUCCCAAGCAGUAUAUGGACUUGCACAGUGCUCUCCUGAUUUGUCCAAGCAGCAAUGCGAUGAUUGUUUGGCUAUGGCCAUUGGAGAGAUUCGAAGAUGUUGCUUAUGGAAUGUAGGAGGUGGAGUGGUUAGACCCAGUUGCAAUUUCAGGUUUGAAUCGUAUAUCUUCUAUACACCUACUGCUGACACACUACCACCGGAAUCAUUAGGGUCUCCACCUCCGGUAUCUCCUCCGCCUAGACAAGGAAAGGGUGAUAAGAAACCUGCUAAUUCUACUGCCAUCAUUGUGAUUCCGGUAGUAAUUACUACGAUAUUAAUAAUUUCCUGUUGCACAUUUGCCAGAGCAAGGAAACAAAGGGAAAAAGCUAAAACUGUGGAUGAAAAUAGACUUACUGAAUCCCUGCAAUUCGAUUUCGGCAUCAUCAGAAUUGCAACAGAUGACUUCUCUCACGCAAACAAGCUUGGACAAGGGGGAUUUGGAGUUGUCUACAAGGGUAGACUUCUCAAUGGACAAGACAUAGCUGUAAAAAGGUUAUCAAGAGAUUCUGGACAAGGUAAUACAGAAUUUGAGAAUGAGAUUCUACUAGUAGCCAAACUUCAACAUAAGAAUUUAGUCAGGCUACUGGGUUUCUGCUUGGAAGGAAACGAGAGGGUCGUAAUCUAUGAGUUUGUGCCCAAUGGAAGCCUUGACCACUUCAUAUUUGAUCCUAUUAAGCGUACACAAUUGGAUUGGGAAACACGUUACAAAAUUAUAAGAGGCAUUGCUCGAGGUAUUCUUUAUCUCCACGAGGAUUCUCAACUUAGAAUUAUUCAUCGUGAUCUUAAAGCCAGCAACAUUUUACUAGAUGAAGCGAUGAAUCCUAAAAUAUCAGAUUUCGGCGUGGCAAGGUUAUUUGUAAUGGAUCAAACUCACGGAGAGACAAAUACAAUUGUGGGAACCUAUGGAUACAUGGCUCCAGAGUAUGUAAUGCAUGGGCACUUCUCAGUUAAAUCAGACGUCUUUAGUUUUGGUGUAUUGCUGUUAGAGAUCAUAAGUGGUCGGAAAAGUAUUUUUUUCUGCAACGGGAAGCAAGUUGAGAAUCUUCUGAGCUCUGCUUGGAGGAACUGGGAGGAGGGGACAAUCGGAAAUCUGAUAGAUCCCUGCCUGAAAGAUGGCUCAGCUAGUAAAAUGCAGAGAUUAAUCCACGUAGGUCUAUUAUGCAUUCAAAAAGAUAUAACCCAGAGACCAACCAUGGCUUUAGUUGUUAUCAUGCUUAACAAUUCUUCUUACCGUCUCCAAAUGCCCUCACCUCCUGCUUAUCUGGCACCGACCACCGGUGACUCAAACAUGACAGUGAAGGCAAAUUGGAUGGUGGAUAGGCCAGAUCAGUACGGAUCCUCUCAAAUAUCAGUUAAUGAUGUUUCCAUCACCGAGUUGUGUCCUCGCUAACAUUGCAAGAUGGACAAGAAGUUUCAAAGUCAAGCAGCAAACUGUCUAAUUUAUUAAAGGUAAAUAUUUCAUGGAGGGUUGGCUUCAACCACUUCCAUCACAAUCAAUUUUUUUUUUUUUGUAAAUUUAAAUGAAAGUAAAGUUUUGAUA